CCCACCUACUUCUUCUAAAUACAAAGAACAUCGACCUGGCACAGUUCAAACCAAGAUUUAUCUACCCCGUCCUCCGCCGCUUCUUGCAUUGCGCAUCCGGCUCAGGAUUUCGAACGGCCUCCAAAUCCCUCUUCACCUCACCCUUCCAGAAAGUCCCCUCCCGAUCCGACCGCGGUGCCUGCGUCCGUAUCCCCACGUCUCCGGCACUCUGCUGUGCUUGCGAACCCCGGUUGGUCCCAGUUGGUGAGAAACGCCGGAUCGAAUUGGAGGCCGGCGCCGGCUGGUUGCAGGAUUCGAUUCUUGGCGGCUGCUUGAGCGCUUGACGGAGCUUGGCGAGCUGGGCUUUCUCUAGGUGGGAAAGGUAAUUUGAAGGGGGGAUGGGGCCAGAAAUGAUAGAGCAGGAUGGAGGGUAGGAAGAGGAGGGGAAGGUUCAGGAAUUCUGUCAGGCGGAUGGCGAUGGAGUGCCUGUGCUCCGGUGAGCAGCUGAAGGGGGCUGAUGAGACCGUCCGGUCAUCUGAUUCUACAAUCACGAAAGAUUUUUCAGCCAGUGGGUACUCUUCUCGAAAUGGAGAGAUUGAGCAGUACCUUGAUAAUGGCAACAUAGAGGAAGCUGAGUUGUCGCUCCGGGAAGGCAUUUGCCUAAACUAUGAGGAAGCAAGGGCAUUGCUAGGAAGGCUAGAAUAUCAGCGGGGCCAUGUAGAAGCUGCACUCCGUGUCUUUGAUGGGAUAGACAUAUCUGCAUUAGUCCCUAAGAUGAAAAUCUCAAUUGCUAGAAAAGCAGAUCGUCGAAAGACUCAUUCACAGUGGGAUUCUCCACCAAUGCCCUUGCAUGCUGUCAGCCUUCUCAUGGAGGCCAUAUAUCUCAAAGCAAGAGCGCUUCACGAUCUUGGAAAAUACAAAGAAGCUGCACAAGAAUGUAGAAUGAUAUUGGAUAUUGUGGAAGCAGCAAUACCUGAGGGCUUGCCAGCAGGCUUUGGAAAAGGUUGUAAAUUGAAUGAAAUAAUAUGCAAGGCUGUAGAGUUGCUCCCUGAGCUGUGGAAAUCAGGGGGGUUUUCACUUGAAGCCAUUUCUUCAUAUAGGAGGUCGCUUCUCAAUAAUUGGAAUCUUGAUGGAGAGACUGUAGCAAGGAUACAGAAGAAAUUUGCUGUUUUUCUCUUAUAUAGUGGCUGUGAAGCACGCCCUCCAAAUCUUCAUUCUCAGUUGGAUGGUUCAUUUGUACCUCGCAAUAAUAUGGAAGAGGCUAUUCUUCUCUUGAUGAUUCUAUUGAGGAAGUUCAAUCUGAAGAGGAUUGAGCGGGAUCCCUCUGUGAUGCAUCACCUUACUUUUGCACUGUCCAUGUCAGGGCAGCUAAUUCCAUUGGCUGGACAAUUUGAAGAACUGUUACCUGAUGUGUUAGACAAAAGAGAAUGGUUAUAUAAUGUUGCAUUGUGUUACUUAGCAGAAGAAGAUGAUCUCAGUGCCCUGAAUCUACUCAAACAAAUACUGAAAUCUGGAGAUGAUUCUGAUUGUCUCAAAGAACUUCUCCUAGCUUCAAAGGCUUGUGUUGAGAUGAGUGCUUAUACUGAAGGUGCUUCCUAUGCACGGAGAGCCAUUGCCAAUAUGCAGGGAGGGUGUGAACAAAUGUCGGGAGUCGCAGACCUAUUGCUUGGUGUUACGCUUUCUAAUCAAGCUAGAAGUGCCAUAUCUGCUACAGAUAGAGCUUCUUGGCAGUGUGAAGCGCUGGAAAUGCUUGGGAACGCUGAAAAGAAGAUUCACGGGAAAGAUUCUAGGGUAUUGUACAGUCUCAGCCUUGAAAAUGCUGAGCAGAGGAAAUUAGAAUCUGCUUCUUUUUAUGCAAAGGAGCUGGUGAAACUUGAGGCUGGAUCGGAGUUGAGGAGUUGGGUUCUUUUAGCUCGAAUUUUGAGUGCUCAGAAGCAGUUUGCUGAUGCUGAAACAGUUGUUGAUGCUGCUUUAGAUCAGACUGGGAAAUGGAGUCAAGGAGAUCUAUUGCGAACCAAAGCCAGAAUUCAGGCUGCACAGGGGCAAUUCAGAGAUGCAGUUGAGACCUAUACCCAACUUCUUGCUAUCAUCCAGCUUAGAACAAAAAGUGUAACUGCUGGGAUUUGCUUGGCCAAGGGCAAGAAGGAUGAUAAUGGCCUGGAAAUAGAGAUCUGGUAUGAUAUAGCUCUCUUGUACCUAGGUAUGGCACAGUGGAGGGAUGCAGAGAUUUGUGUAUUGAAGAUGAGAUCCAUCAGUCCUUAUUCUGCAUUGGCUUGGCAUGCUACAGGGAAAAUAUAUGAAGCAAAAGGUCUUACAAAAGAAACUUUGGGAGCUUUUUUCAGAGCAUUAGACCUUGAUCCUAAACAUGUCCCAAGUUUGAUAUCGAUUGCCACCGUCCUACGACAACUUGGUGACAGGCCAUUGCCUUCUGUUCGGUGCUUCCUGACUGAUGCAUUGCAACUGGAUAGAACUAAUCAUGUUGCAUGGUUCAAUCUUGGCCUGCUUUACAAAGAGGAAGGUGGCAGGUCAGCAGUUGAAGCUGCUGAAUGCUUUCAAGCUGCUGCUUUUCUUGAAGAAACAGCACCUGUAGAGCCUUUCAGAUGACAGAUACAUGUACAGGGGCUAUAGAUGUAAGCUGCUGUAUGUAUUUUUUUUAUAUAUUUCUCUUAUACUGAUGAAAUAUGGGAUUACAGAGUCCCAGAAACGAUCUUCAGGAAAUCAUAGCAUUAAAAACUGUUGGAAAAAAUUUUGUUUAACAAUUCAAUCUAUAGUUCCAAUUUGUGUCUAUGUAGCAACAAGAAAGACGAUGCUCUUCAACCUUGUGAUAUACAGAUUGACGACCAGUACAGAGUGUCGGUGUAUCUUAAGCAAAAUGCUUUCACAUAUGAAGUAUUCAGACUACACUGUUCGUUUAUUGAGAAAUUAAAGAAGAUAAAAGAUGUUUUGGGGUCCUUCAUAGUUCAGUUCAGUAUUUACUAUCAACUGUAACCUUCGUUGCAUAUCAAUUAUGGAUUAUAAGUUUUUUAUGGUCUGUCUAUUUCCUGACAUCUCCUGUAAAAAUAACUGACCCUGCAUGAUAGUGCCAAAUACUUCUGAGUACACAUUGCACAUACUUUGUGGGGCAUCGUUGGUAUGAGGCCUCCUCAGUUCCUCUCCUCCAUGGAAGGCCCUUUAUUGCUGUCAACUUGUCAUGUUGCAGCUUAGCUAGUUGCGUCAAUUAAUGUGGCAGAUAUUGGUCUCUGUUCAGCACUAAUGAGAUGGUAUGCCAGCAACGGAAAUUAAAUCAUGUCACUAUCUUCUGGUCUGGUUUUGUCCAAGUCUGAAGGACAAAUGCUGGUAUGUGUUCUCUUCAACCAAUUUAGCAAUGAUGAAAUCAAAGGAUUCCUGCUCAUGUUUGUCUGUCCAGUAAGGGGCCUAUGUUCCCAUGCUCUGCCAUGCCUUCAUCUUUAUAAGUCUUUGCACUAAAUUUUUUAGGGUUAUCCAUGCAGAGGGUUAACUAUGCACUUAAGUGUUAAAUACAGUUGUCUAAAAAAUUGUUGGUUACUUAUUUAGCACUUGUUUGAGAACCUUUUGCCUUCUUUACUACUACUGUUCAGAUGAUCCUCCAGUGAAUUUUAGAGGAAGGACACCUGUGGUCAGUGGUGGAGCUUGAGCCCCAUACCAGAGGGGGCCAGUGGUAAAUAAACAAGAGAAUUAAGCUGCAAUCUAAUGUGUCAAACAUUAGCUUCAUAUACUAAGUGGAGAUGCAAAAUGUCAGGAGGGGGCCACUGCCCACCUUGGCCUGUACAAAGCUCCGCCCCUGCCUUUGGUGUCUAGCAGGAGCCAGGGGUUUGGCGCAGCUUGAGGCUGCAAACCCCUGAGGUCUUUUUGGUAGUGCGUUUGGUAGCAUUUUGGUUGUGGGUGUUAGUCUUUUUCUGGUGCUAAGGUAAUAUGUUCUGGUGUGGUGCGGGUGUGUAGUGUCUUGUAAAUAUUUUGUUCUUCUUAUUAAUGCAAAUUUGAGAGAAAAAAAAGCUUAACCACAAGAUCUGAAAAUAUUUGAUCCUCCAAUCAAUUUUAGCCCUGAUUCAUCAUAUGACUUGAUCCUGGCAUUCUCUAUUGUUUCCAAUUUACUGUAUUAUAUAACAGUACAAGUGUACAACCUGUACAUGUGCUUUUUUUAGAUCCAGUGAGCUUUUAACCGUCCAAUCUCAUUUGCCAUUCGUUUAUUGUCCAAUUGACUUGAGUUGUUUGACUGUACAGGUGAACAUCUGGAAAGUUCCACCAUAGAAACCUUGAGUUGUAAUUAUCGAAUAGGAAGUCAUAGGUAGGAUGUAAACAGUGUUCUCAAUGCUUCAAGCAUUAAGGUUUUUCGCCAA